CUGUUUGGGACACUCAGGAAGUAUAAGAAACUUACCAAUUAAUUGCAACUUUGAAAUGGCUCCCAGCUACUUUAAUGAUGAUAACUCACUCUUGAACUUUGUCGUGAAAGAAGGCAAUGGUGUCAAAGGUCUGGUGGACUUGGGCCUUACUGAGGUACCGGGUCGUUACAUCCAACCACCAGACCUCCGAAUCAACAAGCAAGAGGUUGCCGGUUCACUCGAAAACGUGACCAUUGAUCUAUCUGAGCUUGAUGGUCCCAAGCAUGAACAAGUGGUGAAGGCCAUUGUCCAUGCAUCUGAAACUCUAGGGUUCUUCCAGGUGGUUAACCAUGGUGUGCCGUUGGAAGUGUUGGACUCGCUUAAAGUUACAGCGCACCAGUUUUUCGGUCAACCAGCGGAGAAGAAGGCUGUGUAUCUCAAGGAAGUUAGCCCUAGUCCCCUGGUCAAGUAUGGUACUAGCUUUAUUCCUGAGAAUGAGAAGGCUUUAGAGUGGAAAGACUUUCUUGGCAUGAUUUAUACCAAUGAUGCAGAUGCUCGUGAGUCUUGGCCUAAUGACUGCAAGGAGGUAGUCCUCGAGUUCAUAAAGACCUCGUCGGAGAUGGCGCAAAAGCUACUACAAGCACUCAUCGGGGACCUCGGGGUAAAACUAGACGACUCACGACUCCAGGAACUUACGGGUUUUAACUUGGUGAACCUGAACUUCUAUCCAGCAUGUCCUAACCCGGACCUAACCGUUGGCGUGGGGAGCCACUCAGAUGCAGGCAUUCUCACAGUGCUUCUACAAGAUGGAAUUGGUGGAUUAUACGUGAAAAAAGGUGAUCAAAAUGCACUACCGGGAAAUGAGGUGUGGGUUGAGAUUCCACCCAUGCAUGGUGCUUUGGUUAUUAAUGUUGGUGAUUCACUACAGAUUUUAAGCAAUGGAAGGUACAAAAGUGCAGAACACAGAGUGAGAACCACGGACGUCGAGUCAAGAGUGUCGGUCCCAAGAUUCAUCGCACCACUGCCCACAACAAGAAUUGGACCGUUUCCUGAGCUGGUGGCUCGUGACGGGGUGGCUCGAUAUAAGGAGGUCAUAUAUGGAGAGUACUUGAAAAACUACUUUGAAAAGUCUCUUGAUGGAAAGAAGUCCCUUGAUUUUGCAUCUAUUUGAUUAACAAAGACCCGAUUGAGACCAAGUUCUAUUCCUCAUAAAGAAUUUCUUAUAUAAUAUAAUACUUUCUUUGUAAUAAUAAGCGAGCCUACAGGUAGUUGGUAGUUCCACAAGUCUUCUUUAAUUUUCCAUUAUUUUUUUUUAUUUUAAAGAGUUUAUAAACAAGUUUAUGUGAAAUAAAGAUUGCUAUUCAAAAACGGUAGCAGUGCAGCUUGUUGCAUGUUUACCAAGUAUCUUGAUGUAAAUUCAUAAACAAGUUUAUGUGAAAUAAAGAUUGCUAAACUGAAAGAGUUUAUGAAA